AUGAGCGCCUCAAUUGUAGGCCAACGUCGGUCUUUCGAUGGUCAUUUAUGUACCAUUCGCUACGUGGGCAUUGUUCAAGGGACCACAGGCGACUGGUUGGGCGUCGAGUGGGACGACGCAACCCGGGGCAAGCAUUCAGGAGAGCAUAAAGGAAUCAGAUAUUUCUCAUGCAAAAGCAACCAGCCUACGGCGGGGUCUUUCGUUCGCCCCUCCAGGCCAUCAGAUCAACCCCGGAGCUUCCUCGAAGCCUUGCGAGAGAAGUACGCUUCUGAGUUUGAAGAUCUUUCAUGCUUGACUGUUAGCGAAUCAUCUCGCAAGAAGGCAAUUGAAAUCAGCGGCAAAGUCGUUGAAGAAGUUGGCUUUGACAAGAUCCGAAAGCAACUCGCGGAACUCAAAGAGCUGCGGAUUGUCUUGCUCGAUAGCCUCCUAGUUGUUGGCGUGCUUUCGUCCUAUGACCAGGUUCAAGAUGAAGAUGCAGCUCAAAAGAUUGCUGAAACUUGUCCCAAGAUCAUCGAAUUGGAUCUCAGUCGAAGUUUGUUGAGCAGGUGGCGCGACGUAUGGGAGAUUUGCAACCAACUUAAGCACCUGAAACGGUUGAAGUUGAAUGGAAACCGCUUCCAAGCUUUGGAUGAUCUGAUCUUUGAGGGGAUCACUGAACUGCAUCUAGAAGAUACGCUGCUAAGUUGGGAUGAAAUUGCUGCUGUCACAUCCCAAUUCCCUGGCUUAACAUCUCUCACGGCAUCAGCCAACCAGCUCUCUGAGAUAUCCCGUCCACUUCCCAACACCAUAACCACAUUAACCCUCGAGCACAACGAGUUCACCUCAAUAUCAACUCUCCGGCAUCUCGCUGCCCUCCCAAACCUGCAGCAUCUCUCUGUCCGAGGAAAUGCCAUCAACACCGUGAACAAUGACACAACCACCAUGGACUUCCAAUUCCCCCAAACCCUCCACUCCCUCGACCUCUCCCGCAACAAAAUCGCCUCAUGGGCAUUCCUCAACAAAUUGCCCACCCUCUUUCCAGGCCUAACAACCCUUCGCAUCUCCGACAACCCCCUCUACGACCAACCACCCCUCCCACUAUCCGUCACAGCUACAACAGAACCCUCAAAACCAAUGACCGUCGACGAAGCCUUCAUGCUAACCCUCUCCCGCUUCCCGCCCUCCCUCACAACCCUAAACUACAGCACCAUCAAACCAACAGACCGCUCAAACGCAGAGAUGUACUACCUCUCCCUCAUCGGGAGAGAACUCUCCGCAACAGCCGAAGCAGAAGAACCCGCCAUCCUAGCCACACAUCCGCGAUACAGCGAGUUAUGCGAAUUAUACGCCGAGCCCACCAUUACCAGAGCUGUCAUCUCUAUUUCCGGUUCAAGGGUCAUUCACCCGCGGUCCGUAGCAGCACGACUAGUGAAAAUGGCAUUCCGUCUAUCCCGGAACAGCGAGGAUGCAUCGGAAGUCCGCACAAAGGAGAUUCCGGGUUCAUUCGAUACAUACCAAGUCAAAGCGCUUGUCUCGCGGCUCUUUGGGCUCCCGGCAUUUGGGUUCAAGCUUGUUUGGGAGACGGAUGAGUGGGAUCCUGUAGAGAAGGAGAAUGUUGAGGCUGUUGAUUGGGAUGAUAGUGAGGAUGAGGCUCUGGCAGAUCAGGACACAGUGCUUCAGAAGCACGAUGGCCCAGAUAGUGGGUUUGUACGCCGGGAAGUUGAGUUGGUUGAUUCGACGAGGGAUAUUGGAUUCUUGUUUCAGGGUGAAGCAGAAGUCAGGAUUCGGGUUGAAGUGCCCUUGGAAGCUACUUCUUGA